GGUUCCUGUCGCAUGCGGUCUAAAGCUGGCAACAGGUUCAUUAGCACGUUUUUCCUGUCAAACUUGUUGUGUCCGAUCUGACCGGCUGUCGGCGCUUGUACAUCUGCGCUCGAGUGCUUCAUAUCGAAGGUUCGCUUGCGUUGUUUUCAGAAGCUACAACGAUUCUUCAAUUCUUUACCGGUCAGAACGGACGUAUGCUUAACGCAACAUGAAUGAUCGGAGCGUCACCCGGUCGCAUUCAUCGAUGAAUAUCGAAAAUUUGACGUCCAUUCCCGUUGGAGGCAGUAUAACGCUGAUCAACUACGCUCACAGACAACUUCCAAAUGUCCGCAGCCCGUCUAAAGAUCGUGGCUGGGCUUGGGUGGUUUGUGCCGGCUCUUUUUUCGUCAUGUUUAUGGUUUAUGGCAUUCACACAUCUUUUGGCGUUCUUCUUGUUGUAUUGCUAGAUCACUUCGAGGCGAGCAAAGCAAGCACAGGUAGGCGAAAUUUCCUAUGCCCUAGAAUCAUAUCAAGAAUGCGAAAUUGUAAAUCGUUGUGUGAGUUAAAAUAUACAUAUACCUUGGAAUUGCUCCAAAUUUUUGCAGAACAUACAUUUCUACCCUUCUUGUAGCAAAUAAGCGAAGAGCGAAGAAAAAUAAUGCUAAUCUCAUUUAUUUAAAUUUCGCUUUCCAUUUCCUCUUUGUUUGAUCGAUAAACGCAACAACAACACAGAAAAGAAUUUGCUGCGAUCCGUUUUUUUUCUUUUCACUGCAAUAGCUAGUGUUAUAACAUAAUUGUUAGUACAAUAUAAAUGAAAGAAAGUGAAAUAAAUCGUCGGUGAUAUUUGGCAAGGUCCAUACCGCAAUUUCUACAAACUGCUACAAGCCGAUCGCAGCGAACCACCUUGGCGGCUUGUCGACCAAACGGAUCAAUUUGCAUGCGAUCUGUGGUUACUACAAAAAAAAAUAUCGCAACAAUAUUGUUCGUUUUUACUUGUAAUAUGCAAAAUAAUAAAUUUCUUGAAGGUUGAUGAAUGUUUUCCCGGUUAUGAAAUACUAUUAAGCAAACUUAUUUCAUAAAUUUUGCAUAUUUUUCCAACGUGUGUUUGCAACAAAAAAGUUACUUAUUUUUUAAUGAAUGGACACUGUUUUUAAUUCAGCAGUGGAAGAAAUAUAGAGGACACCCAACACGCAAAUUGUAUGCAAAUUUGCUUAAAAGUUUGUUUUUGUGCCAAAACUAUCUCGUGGUCAAGCCAACCAUCAAAUAUUAAAAACGCAAAACACCACCAAAUUAGUUUAAUUGCGAUUGGAAACUUUCAGAGUUGAAAGUUCUAUUUAAAGUAAAAAUUGACAAAUUGGACCAUGCUUAAAGAUCACUUUUCAUUUUUAAAACUGUAGAAAAGAUUUGCUGUCAGCGAAUCGACUAUUCCGACGAUAGAUGUUUUAAUAAUCGGCGCUUAGGUACAAUUCCGAUAUUGCCUAACUUUCUCGGAAAAUUCAUUUGUCAUUCCCACUGUCAUAAAUAUAGCUACGCUACAGUUGAGCAGGCUCAAACAAUACUCUCUGGUCAGUAAAGCUAUGAAAAAUCUAUUAGAUUCAAAAGUGAAAUACAGAAAAUGUGGAUUAAAAUUAUUGAUGCGCGCGUAGUCUUUUAAUUGAGUGAAAGGCCCGUCAUGGGAUAUUCUCUGAAGGGGCCGACUCACCACGAGGUUUGACCGGUUGCAGGUAGGGUUCUUCGUGUCAAUGAUUUUAGUUUUGUUUUGUUUUUUGUUUAUUCUACUUUUUAAGGCCAAACAAAAACCAGAUUUUACUUAGAAUUCAGGCAAGACCGGACAAUCUCAUUCCGUUAGUCUUGUUCAUUCUAGCGGUGUAAGGACGGUCUCCAGAAUCCUUCAAUCAAGCCACGCCAUGACCUUAUUACAUAAUUUGAAAACACUGCCAUGAGAAACGUACCAAAAUGAUCGAUGCUUUUACACAAACUCUACCAAUAUUCAAUUUAUUGGAAAAUUUUCUAACAGUGUCAUUUUUAACCAUCCAAUGAGCUUUAUAAUAUCAACAUCUUUAUCUAACUUCAACUUAGUGUAAGACCCCCGAGCUGUACUCCCCUCUGAUUCUGAAUUUGAAUCGGGUAUAGUUUUUUGUCAAUAAGUUGAUGAUUGGAUGCUCUUUAAAACAACAGAGAAAAUUAUCCAAGAAAAUUCUUUUGAACAAAAGAAAAAGAAACCCGGGUUAAAUUUACCCCUGGGUUAAGCGCUAAUCGGCCGUCGAACAACUGGGCCCAGGGUUUUCAGGAGGUAUGCCGCACAAUCCCGCCCGCUUUUUCCAGAAGUAUCCGCCGGGGUAAGGCUGUUACCUGACUGCAGAAAAGAGAUAUUGUAAGAGGUAAUGUUAAGCGUCAACUUUGGAGUCAAAGACACAGACAAGAGUGUUAUUCCUUGUACUGAAUCUCCUAAGAGAGAUAGCUCGAUAAUUAUUGCAAUAGCUUGUCUACUUUGUCUUCUACAAGGUUAUGAUGGUGGAGCCGUCCCACCCAUAUGUCGCACCAUCUCACUGUCUCAAUCCUGCACAAAGGGUUUCAGAAACAUGUCACAGCCCAUCUGAUGAAGCUGAUGGCAAACUAUAUGCAGAUCCUGUUUCUCUGCACUGCCCUCUAAACAGCAGGCGAGGCUCUUUUGAGUUCAUUGAAACACGAAACGCUAUGCAGUUCAUACGGAAGCGAGCAAACUCAGUCGUUGCAAGUCAUCUUGCUGUGGAAGGUUGAAGAAGACAGAACAAAUAUUAUUCUUCCUCUUGGCUAUGACCAGGUAUCAGGGUGUUAACACGGUAGUAAACUUUUUCUUUCGUAAUUAUAAUGGCUCGGCACGCAUGUUGUACCACACAAUAGUUAUGGUCCUAAGUGAGGCGGUCUAAUUGGCUUAUAAUACUAGUGCUUGCGGGAUAGCGUUAACCUCAGUUGUUAAUUAACCUCUCUUUGUGGUCCCCUUUGUCUCAGUGAUAGCUAAAUACCUAACCUGAAGAGGGGGCAGCUAGGGGGCGGAUUAUUUCCAUACGUUUAGUUAUUCGAGCCAUUCGCUCUUUCAGUAACUAGCGUGGUACAUACUAAAACAACUCCAUAUGGGUGAACGAUGGGGUCGAAAUUAUCAAAAAACCGUACGUUGAUUAUUUAAACAUGAAGUGCGGAUUUUCAUUAAAUAACCUCAAAACCACAAACUCUUUUUCCUGACUAAAGAAACAUCGUAUUUAAUUUUUCGACAAAAAAUCAAAGCACUCUAACAGGAAUUUUACCGCUAUGAAAUUUUAUACAGUAAUAGUCGCAGGUUUUAGCGAGACGAACGAGAAGGAGGAAGUUGACCUUGGCUGUAAAUUGUAUAAUUAAUGUUUAUUUUAAAAGCUUAUGAUUAUUUAUGAUUACUGUUGGCCCUUAUUUGAGCACUUUUCUAACAAUACAGAAAUCCAGGAUGGCGGCCGGGAUCCAAGAUGGCAGCCAUUUGGAAAAACUGCAGUAUGUCUACGUCUUAUGACGUGAUCACGUCACGUAAACUAUCUUAAGGCCCGGAUGCACAGUGCAACAUUGCGCACAAUUAACGUAAACUGUUUUACUCGACAUGGCUAAUUAUAGUCCAAUAAUUUGGGUAACUCUACACGUGCCAUUGGUGCCGCCGCAGCUCAGAGCCCACAUGUCUGCAUCACGCAGUUCAAGUUAGUGUUAAGUUCUAUUUGCGUAAAUCGCGCGUGAGGAGUUAAAUGAAAUUGCACUAAUUUGACAAGAGCCCGCCUUUUAUCUUUUUCAUCGAUUAAUCCGCAAACUGACGUCUUCCAAAAGAGUCAAAGUGCUCUAUGAGCUAAUUCGUAAAUUGAUAAGGAAAAUCAAAUUUUGGCUAUGGUCGACUGCAAUGCUUGCAGAAGUAGAUGUUUUUUUUAUGCUGAAGUAUUGCAAGUGACAAUUCCAGGAGUGGACAGGCUAUGCCAAUUAACAAUUAUGCGCCUUGUUGGACUGUGCUUCUUGGCCUUAAGUUUUUAGGUUGUUCUAUAAACGCUACGGGUGUAAUUGACUCAGGCCCCAUUUAUUUGGACAAAACAAUCACCCACGCACCAGAGCUACUCUGGGCGAGCCAACUUUUCAUAUAAUAAUAUUUCCUUACAAAACGUAGCGAACUGUUUACAUGAGAAACAAAAAGUUGGCUCGGGUAGAAGGCUAACCUGCCCAUCGAUGCCUAGCUAGGUCACUCUUUUGUGACUGUAGCCGAUAACCAUCCGAGCUAACCGGGCCAACUUUUCUCCAUGCAAACAUUAUGCUUUGCCCAGCCAAGUCAACUUGGUCAAAGAGAGACAAUCAGAGCAUGCGCAAGCGCUAUUGACUCGACUGCAAAAGUAAUAUUAGACUGUUUAUCAAGAAGAAGAAAUGCCAAAAUCGAAACAGUGCCUCAACGUCACAUUUCUCAUUUUGCUCGGCAUUGUAAGUUCUUGAAGGACGGAAAAUCCAGGUAUAAAAAUAUAAAACAAUGGGGGAUAUGCCCAGGGAUUAAUUUAUUUUUUGCCUUUCCUUUCUGAUCCUUGGAACGGACCCCAAAGCUUUUGAAGGUGUUAUUCAACUGUAACGUAUUGAUUACAUAAGGAGAUAAAAGAUGCAUUCUCAAUCAAAUUUCUGGGCUCAAUUUAAGUCUGAAUUUUAAGGUAGCAGCAAUGAAUAUCUAACAUGAAUCAUUCUCAGACAAGGUUCAUUUUAUCAUUAAUAAUUUUUUAUAAUUUUAUUUACCAUCCUUUGAAAGUUAUUAGGACUGGACUUAACGAUUCUUUUAAAUUCCUCUUGUUUAGCGACACAGACGUUUUUGCCCGAACGUAUCCGGAAAAUAUACUCUUCUUCUUGUUCUUCUUCUCUUUUUUCUUUUUUUCCUAAUUCUCAGUUCUGUCUUAUUCCCUCCCUCUUACUGCGAGGAUCGAGUUUACCUUUCCUUCUACUUCAUUUGAUCCUCUCACAACCAGGGCCUUUAAGUAUAGACCUUUGUCACGCAGCGGCCAUUUUGUCCUGAGAGAUUAAAAAAUUUUGGUAUUUGCACGGCCAGCCUCGUUCUUACUGCGAGGCUAACCGUCGAAAAACAAAGCUUUUUAAUCUCCGGGACAAAAUGGCCGCCUCGUGAGAAAGGUCUUCACAUGACGUCAAAUCCGCCAUAUUGGGGUUCCAAAACAAUGCUUAAAAUGGCGGCCAUAUUGGGGCGCCUAGACGAUCCUGUGGAACUCGUUUUUUAUGUAAACCCCUUCCUUUUUUGCGAUUAAUAAGUAGAGAUGCUUGCCACAAUGAGUAAAAAAGCUUUGUAACUUUUUCCUGAUGAUAUGAAAAGAACUCAGCCCGACUACUAAGUUGUGCUCCGCGACAGUACCGAUUGGCAGGUUGAAACAAAUAGUAACGUCCUUUGCAGAGAUUUGGGAAGCAACAAUAUACUUCAAGAAACUCAUCUUAAUUCUUUAUUUUUUCUUUCCUUUUCAGCCUGGAUUGGCUCAAUAUCCGUCAAUCUUCUAUUCCUCUUCAGCCCUGUCACCAGCUCUCUCGCGGAACGUUAUGGCGUGCGCCUCGUCACAAUUGCUGGAGGCCUUGUAAUGAGUGUUGGACUAUUUCUCAGUUCCUACGCCCCCAGCCUGGUCUUCUUAUACAUAAGCUACGGAGUUCUCCUAGGAAUUGGCACUAGUUUGUGCGGGACAAUGGCUUUAAUAGUAACCGCGGACUACUUCGACAAGCACCUUUCUUUAGCCACUGGAAUUGUGGCCUCGGGGAGUAGUUUUGGAACUCUAGUGUUUGCGCCAACCCUUCAAGUCUUGGUCGGGAAGUUUGGCUGGCAGACUACCUUUCGCAUAAUGUGUUUAGGCGGCAUAGCCUUGGCUAUUACAGGACUCGUUUACAAAAGAGUGAACAGGAAUCUUGUUCAUUUGCCUUCUGGGAAGAACCAAUGCUUUGACCUGUCUGUUUUGAGGAAUAAGUCCUUCGUGGUAUGGACCUUGGCAACUUCAGUGGCUGGCUUUGGUUACUUCAUACCACACUUCUUCUUGGUACGUGCAACACCCAAACCACAAUCAAACACUUUCUUGUCUUACACUGCACCAUCUUCCAACACCUUGGCCCACAAUGAGCCUUGUGAUUUGCAUUGCACUGCGAUGUGAACCUAGGUGAAAUGUUUCAGUCGUGUUUCAUACUAGUGGCAUAACGGCAAAGUCUAUUUCCCUUUCGUAGACGGUCGUUGCCAUUUUAACAGUCGAUACCACUCUUUAGCCAUGAUAGAUGAAAUAUAUACCCUAGAUUAAGUUACAAUAAGACAAAGUUUUUGAAUAGUCUUAAAAAGAUCGACGUUGAAGUCCAAGGUUAAUUUGCGUUAAAAUUUAUGAAAGAGUUUAGGGUCAUCUGUUGUUGAUAUAUCAUGUAGAAAGACAGUUUGCUGGUUUAUGUAGUUAAAUUUUCGGAAUUUUGAUGGGUGGAUGUAAAAAUUUAGUGGUAAGGUGCGAGAAAGAUUCGGAUUCGAAAGGUCCAGGUUCGACCCUAGUUUCCGAUCGUUUUUCUUUUUGUUAGAAACACAUUCAAUAAAGGCCAAAAAUUUUCUAAGUGCCUAACAAAUGGCAGUGACCGUUAACGAAAGGGAAAUUUGCAACGGCACAACAUGAACAAAGACGAGUCAUAAAUAGAGAGUCCCCAAUGAGUUUUUCAGGAUCUAGGAUUUGCCUUACUUAAAGGCCGGGUCGGGAUUCGGGAUUGAUAGCAAAAGGGGAGCGAGAUUCUGGAUUGAAAAUGUGUAGGUACUGAGGGAUGCCGAAAAUAACUAUCGGGACUACGGGAUUGAGUGAAAAACCGGGGGUAGGGAUGACGGGUUUGAAGAACCUUAUAGGGCACCCUCUGACUAAACAUAACGACUAAACAGCGAGCAAAUCAGGAGCACGUUUUUUGGGGGGAGGGGUUGGGAGGCUGGGGACAAAAGGGUCUCAAUGCGGUGGAACCUCAGUUUACCGAUGACUGUCAAUAUCGCGCCACUUUUACUCCUAAAGGUUCUAAUUUCUGUUUCUAAUUUGCUUCAGUGUUGUUGAUACGCCCAAAAUAAAUUUUCUUUGUUUUAAAACGCAUUUUGUCUCAAUUAGGUCUCUUAUGACAUAUUUGGCCAAGGCGGAACGUGUAAUUAAGCGACUUUCAUACGUAUGAAUGACUCGUAUCUAUAAUAGUGGCUAGAAAAAUGAUUACACAUGUUUUAUGAUUACAGAUUUCUUUUUUUGUCUAAUGACAAAAGCUGUUUUCCUUUUAAAUAAUAAAGUUUAGUCCAAAGGCUGAAGUUAACCCCAUUGAGACCCUUGUACAACGGUGGACUUAGUCACGUUAAUAGUGAUGGUCCAAAGAACGGUUGCAUAGGAACUUAUAGUUGAAAGCACUUUUGUGAACCUCAUUUACCAUUUAGUGGAAACGUGGGGAAUGCAUGAUGUAUAAAAUAAUUAGUAAAUGAAACUGUUUUUUCAUGUUCUAGACAACAAUAACAACUACCGAACAAUUAAGUUGCUCUGUGAAGUACUUUUUCCAUUUCUAAGGCAACCUGAGGGGGUGAUUUACAUGAGCUGGUCUGGCUGGAUUUGCCGAGGUCACUUUUAUCUCGAUUUUACUUAAGGCGAGCUGGAACGGGGGCGUACAUAGAUUUCAGUGAUACGAGCAGUAUGUAAACUACUUUCCUGUCGCCAGCUUGGUUCGCCAGGCUGGCCCGGCGAGAGUAAUUACAUAGAAAAAAUCCAGCGCGGCUAACCUGGCUAGCUAGGUCGUCACAUAAUCGAGAAGAUAAUCUUUAGCCUGUACACAUACGUCGUUCUCUUUUUCUUUUCGACAAUCGGUAAGCGCUCGUGAGAAAAAAUAUUUUCUUACGUUACUUCUAUUUUCUUUUCCCCCACCCCAUACGCUAGCGGUCAGUGUAUCCUCAGCAGAUUAAUAUUCAUUCGUGCGCUGGAGGGUCUCUAAAGAAAAACAAAUGGAGAGUCUGUUAAUCUUUAUUGUGUUUGAUUUGUCCCGAGAUCUCGACAAAUCGGGCCAGCCCAGCCCAUAUGUAACCAGAUUUUAAGACGAAAGAAAGAAAAUUGGUCAGAGAUAAGGCAUCCAUUCUCGUGCUUCAUGCUUAUUACUCGCCGCUCGCCACUUUUCUUCGUUUGCUCCACCCUUUCUCGUGCCCAAUGAGUUUUGUAAGACUUGGAAAAGAAACCGUUCAGCAGGCAGUCGCUUUUUUCGCUUUCUUGCGGGUGGUAUACCAUGAGCGUGUUACGAGAGCAAGCGCAAGCUUUUGGCCACCAGAGUCCGUCAAAGUUAACGAAACGUUAGUCUUUUCUUUAGUCGUUAUGUUUAAGUCCACUGUUCCACAUGAGUCGUUUGUUAAAUUGACAGUUAGCUGUCUAAAUUACGUCAAACAGCACCAAAAACCUUCUCAUAAUAUCCGGGUGCGCUGUCUUUUUUCAUAUUAAACGUUAAUUAGUCUGAGCAAACAGCCUACGUUUCGCGAUGCAACCUUUGGUUUCCCGGCGAAAUGACUUCUGAUGAAUGCGCGCAGAAAUUCUAUACUCUCCCGAUGACAUGUUAGUCCCCAGAUCUGGGUAGUGCUUCUAAUUGGUCAUGCAAGUGGGAAAUUUGCUUUUACCAAUCAGAAGCACUACCCAGAUUUAUGUAGUGACACGUCAUCAGUAUAGAAUCUCUGCGCACGAUCCUUUGACGUCAUUUCGCCUGGAAACGUAGUAAUGGCGUUGCGAAAUCUCGGCUGUUUUCUCAGGCUAAACGUCAAUAUGCAUGAAGGCUUUCAUUUUUAUAACCUUGCCGUUAUGUCGCUAGUGAGAAACAAGCUAGCCUGGGAAUACAGUCGCCUCUCAUCGCUCCCACCGCUAGGAACGUUUUGCGAAAGAAGCUCUCUCUCGAAAAACGUUUCCAGUGGAGUCGAUUGGAGAAAGAGAUCGGAGGCUGUAUUCGCAGGUUGGAAUAGGCUUAAUCCUAUUUACACUCGUUAUGUUUUGGCGCCGCUCGCGUUAUUUCAAGAAUAUUGAAGGGUGACUUACCGCAAAAUAUAUAUGGUUUUUGACGGGCGUGACGUCAUAACGCCUAAAUAGCUACCAUCUUGAAUUUUUAAUUAUAUCAUAGCAAUGCCAAAUUAAUACCGUACUCUAACAUGAUCUAAACUCUAUAAAAUUUUCCAUCGAUAAGAAAUUUUUUUUUCGGUUUGGGUAAGCUUGCCUUCUAAACAGCUAACUUUACAUAUCCUGAUAAACAUAUAUCACACAACUGCACGGCGAGAUUUGAAGUAUUUAGCCUGCGAACCAAGGCGUAUUUCCGGUAGUCGCUUCCGUCCAAACGAGAAAGCUAUUGUUUGGGAUGGAGAGAAGCGACGACUGAAACAACCGCUAGGUUCGCAGGCUAGACUCUAUUGCUCAGAGUGUUUUUAUAGCAGAUUGGUCACUCACUCAUAGUCACAGCGAAUUAGUUGUCCUUAAGGACUCCAUAAAAGCAAAAAAUAUUUCCAAUUCUGAAAUUAUUUCACUGAGCCACGACCCUGAUUGGUCUCCUUCAGGAGUUCAAAUUGAGUAUCCCGUUCCUUUCUAAAAGCCCCCAUUUGAGAAUGGGGAGACGCAAUUUAUUCGAUUAACCGCCCUUUCUUUGGACCUUCAAAGCGCUUAUUCGAGGCUGGGGGUUUUUUCACCAUUUUCAGCAGUUCGUGUAGUUUUUCAACAAAACAGAAAUGAGCGAAGAAGGAGCAAGGUUUCUGUAAAAUACUAUCUUAUUCAAUUUCAAUUUUUGGGGUGGGGUGGGCGCUAUUUUUGGGAGGGGAGGAGGUGGGGUGGGCGCUUAUUCGCCGCCUUUAGGAUGGGCGCUUAUUCGAGGUGGGCGCUAAUUCGAGGUUGGGCGCUUAUUCGAAUAAAUACGGUAUCUGUUUUUAUUUUUUGGCCGAGAGGGUAGGCGUUUGAUUGAGGAGUAGCGUAGAUGUUGUGGUUCAAUUUUGUCUUUGGUUUAAAUUUUAUUUUCCUUUGUUUUUGGGUAUGGUAAUAUCUGAUAAUGAGUUUGAAGCCAAGGAAAAUACAAUUUGAAGCAAGGAUAAAACUGAACCACAACAUAGACAUUAAACGAUAAUGCACAUAUCGGACCUAUUUUGGCCAAUUUGUUCAGGCUUCAAUCUACCUUAAAUUUUACCAUCCUUAAAUUUAAAGGCGCACAACGGAAAAAGGACCGUAUUUCUACUAGGGAUCGAGCAUCUAAGACGUCUGGUCCCGUCUAUUCUAGUGUUGGAUAGCGUUAUCCACUUGAUUAAUCACUGUUCAGAGAAUCGAUAAUAGGGAAACUAAUUGCGUUAUCCACUGGAUAAAGGUUGAUCAGUGGAUAGAGCUGUAUGCACCAUUUGAACAACUGGGGCCUGGACGGGAAGAGACAAUGUGUACCAAAGGAAUUCGUUUAAAAAAAUAAUGCGAUAGAUGGUCAAACUCGAAUCCACAGCCCUACGUAUUCGCUACGACACUAUGCACAACGCCUCUGGAUUAUUUGACCGUUUCUUUUGUUCACAACAACAACUAUUGAUGCAGCCUACAUCAACAGUGAUUCGAGCACAUUUGAAAUAUUGUUUCAGGAGCCCAUUACCUGGGAACGUCCUUCUCGUAUAGACCCGCCCUGGCUCUUAUCUCUGUGCUAGAUUUUUAUGCUAUUUAUAGAUUUAAUUUUCGCGCCAAAAAACAUCUUAGCCAAUCGAAGCGCCGAAGGAUUUCCAGCAAUGGCGGACGAGAACAGUAGAGUGUGAAGUAAAGAAGGACAGGAAUGGUGACCGAGGAGCCUCUAGUUUGAAGGUCGAUUGCCACAAAUGGGGAGCUUAAGCAAAGAAGUUCAGUUUUUGAGCGACGCACGGCAACCGGAAGUAGACGUUUUGCAUUCUUGGGUAUUGGUUUUUGGAAAAUCGUCUAUUUAAGAGUAAAAACACUUAGCAAGACAACAUUUUGUAGCGUCAAGGCAUAUUCAAAGACAAAAAGCCUCAUUUCUGGUUGACUUGCGUCGCUCAAAAACGCCUUUGCAAAACCUCCCUUUUGCAUUACGCUGCGUUGGAAACACAGCAAAUUUCGCGGGAAAAGAAAUUAAGAAUUUUAGACCAUUUUAUAAUGACUUCGUGAUGUCUAACCCUCAUUGGUUAAUGAGAGUUUUAACCAUGGAAAUGACGUAAUGAUGGCGCAAUAGACCAUUUCCGAGUCCCCCCGGGCCUCUGUAUCAAAACGAGGUUAAGUGCUCAGCCUUUGAUGUGGAAAUGUUUUUCUAUUCUCAUGCAAAUAAAACUCAUUUUCAUAAGAAAGGUUGUGCACUUGGCCUCAUUUUGAAACUGAGGGGUUUUGGAACUCCUUGGUUUCCUUUGUCCGGUCAGUAAACUCUCCUGAAAUGGAUGUUUGUUCAGUACUCAUUUCAAAAUUCCAAAGCCUAUAAUGUAAGAUAACAGAGAAAUUAUGUCACAAUGUUCAAGGGUUUGAAGCGAAAUCACUUCCUUUGGCUUGUAGGUCAACUUCAGUUUUGAACAUUUUCACGCGGUGGAAGUGCUAUGAGAAAUUUUAACGCGCUGCGACUCUUACAAAUGGGCGAUGGACGUUACGGUGUGAUGGGCUCCUGUGUUGUCGUUUUUGUUGAGGAAUAUACAUGUCUGAGUCAUUUGUAUGGAAGUUGAUGGUAGUCAUCUGAGUUUUCCAAAAUUCUUUCCUCUGUGCAGGUUAGAUAUUCGGAAGAUCUGGGAAUACCGCUUUCCAAAGGCAGCUGGCUCAUAUCCUACCUCGGCAUCUCUUCGGCUAUCGGUCGGGUAUUGUUCGGACGUGUUUCGGACAUCUGUUGCUUCAAAAACAUGCAUAUUUACAGGAUUUGCAUGUUUCUCUCUGGUUUGGCAUCCCUGUUGUGUCCCUUGGCAAGCUCCUAUUGGGCACUGGUGUUGUAUGUUGCAGUGUUAGGAAUCUUGGAUGGUUCCUUUAUUGGACUUAUGUCCAUCGUGACCCUGGACAUAGUGGGCGUGCAUAAAAUUGCCCCUGCGUGGGGGAUCCUAUUUUUUUGUCAGUCAUUUACGUAUUUACUGGGGCCUCCAGCUGCAGGUACGUCAGAACUCGCCACUUUAGAAACGCCGCAAAGGAAACAGGGACGAGUUAGCUUUUGCAAUGACCUGAGGACGCGAAGGUCAGCUGUUGGCCAAUUUUUCCAAAUUUUUCCCUGUCUUCAGUAACAGUCCCUGAAGUCGUUGCAAAAAUUAACUCGACCGGGUUUGUCUUCUGAUUUAUCGCAUGAUUUAAGGAGUAGUUAGCCAUCGCGCAACAAAUCCCAAUUGUUUUUGUUUUUCUUUUCGCAGGUUUCAUGUAUGACUCACUGAAAACGUUCAAGCCGGUGUUCUACUUAGCCGCUGGACCAAUGAUUUGCGGCUCAUUUUUGCUAUUCGUUGCCUCCUUUUUUAAGUGGAACCAGGCCUCUCGCGGCUGCGAAGAACUCAUCGGUGUCGAACCUAUAUCAAAACGCGGCAAUCGAGUGGAAUUUAGAAUCGAUGCUCCUCCAGUUAUUGUUUUAACCAAACCUGAGGAAAACCCGUUGGUUGUCGUGGAGCGUUUGACUGUACUGUGAUCUUUCUUCUUCGUAGCCUGGGUAGAAAGGGUCAACUUCAACCCCACAUUUCUUCCAUAAUAUUCAAAGGGAUAAGCCCGGGAAACGAGGUUGUAGAACGAGAUUGCUUGGGACGGUUUCUUUAUUCGGCACUUAAAAAUCGAGAAGGGAACUGGAACCGAAAUGUGCCCGCAAUUGUUUCUGGGAUAGUUACUGGGUACGCACCGGCCAGCUAUUGGCCAAUUCCAUGUAACAAUCCCAGAAGUCAUUGCGAAAGUUAAGUCGGCCCAGCUUUCUUGUCGUUUCUAAAGUGGCGAAUUAUCACCGUGACGUUUCUCCUUCCAUUCCGGGAAGGGGGCGCACUUCUCCUCGCUGGGGCGGCAUUUUUUCUCAGCUUUCUUGGCUAUCCCUGAAAAAAAUAGCCUGAGAAAACAGCCGAUAUUAGGCGUUUCCCCUCCAAAUGACGUCUGAGAAACGAACGCAGAAAUCCCAUACUGGUGACGCGACAUUACCCAGAUUUGAGCAGUGCUUCUGAUUGGUUGAAUCAAAUUUCCCACGCGGCACGACUAGAAGCACUACCCAGACCCGUCAACAGUAAGGAAUUUCUGUGCUCGUUUCUCAGACGUCAUUUGUCGGGCAAACCAGUGGUAGCGUCGCCAAAUUUCGACUGUUUUACCAGGCUAUUGCAAAAAAACAAAAACAAAAUAAAACAAAACAAAAAAUCAGCAGUCAUCUUCAGAUAGUACUAGUCUAAAAGACAAAGAAUGGAUAACACUACUGCUGGUCUCCCUAAUACUUAAUCCCCUGAAUGGUGAUUUAUAGGAUGGAUGGCGUUAUCCAAUUACUGAAAAUCUAGGGCCUGGGGCCCGUUUCUCGAAAGUCCCGGUAACUUUACGGGCCCGAAAUCAAAUAUUCAAAUCGAAAUAUAAAGAAUAAGAGCGCGGGUCCUGGCUAACAAACAACUCCAUUUUGUUUCAUUACCUGACAGUUUUAUCACGUUAGAUGCAAAACUAUUGAAACCUCGAUCCUUAAUGUAAACGGAGACAGCUUACUGGGCCCGUUAAUUAUCGGGACUUUCGAGAAACGGGCUCCUGGGUUUACGCCAGCUAUUUUGAAUCCCGGGGGGGUACUCGCAGAAAAAUUGGGUAGGGGUGUGCGGCCCGCUUCCCAAAACCCUUACCCUAUUUAUGACCAAAAUCUGCGAUUUUCCCUACCCUAUUUAUGACGUAACCAAAAAUUUGAUACCCUAUUUAUGACCUGGAACAUAAUUUGUGAAGGGCUUUUGUUGCUUGUUGCUUGUAUUUUCUAGCCUACAAAGCAGCCGGUGGAGAGGAAGGCAAAGCGCGGAUGGAAGGAGGGGGACAUGAUAAGGAAGUAGCUUCCUCUAAAAAAGUGCAUUCAAGACUACAGUGCAAAAAUCGAUACCCAAUUUAUGACCAAAACGGCUGAAAAACCCUACCCUCUGGGGCCGCACAUACCUAUAUAGCCCAUAUUAGGGAGUACCCCCCCCGGGUUUUGAAUGCACAUGUUUGUCUCUUUUUCUAUAAACAGCGGCUGACCUAUGCCCGGUUGAUUGUAAAGAUUAAGAUGAUACUCUGCUCAGCUGAUCUAAAUAUACUUUGGACCAGGCUCCUGUUUGGACUUAGUUUUGGGUUAUAAUAAAGAUGUUGACUGCUAUAACAUUUUUCUUGAUCUUUUUACUGUUUUAUACAACGAGCGUUCGCUCUUCACUUUUUUUCUUUUUUAGGGGAUACAAGGGCACACAGGGGACACAAGGGGGCACAGAGGAGGACACAAGGGGACACAGGGGACACAAGGGGACACAAGGGACCUCCGGGGACACAGGGGAAACAAGGGACACAAGGGAACACAAGGGGACACCUGGGGACACAGGGGACAAAGGGGACACGGGGACACAAGGGACAAAGGAGAAACAGGGGAACAAGGUGACACAAGGGACAAAAGGGGACACAGGGGACUCAAGGGACACUGGAGACACAGGGGACACAGGAGACACAAGAGACACAGGGGACACAAGGGGGAACAGGGGACACAAGGGACCUCCGGGGACACAAGGGAAACAAGGGACACAAGGGGACACAGGGGACACAAGGGGACACAAGGGACACAAGGGGACAGAGGGGACACAAGGGACACAGGGGACAAAGGGGACACGGGGACACAAGGGACAAAGGGGAAACAGGGGAACAAGGUGACACAAGGGACACAAGGGGACACAGGGGACUCAAGGGACACUGGAGACACAGGGGACACAGGAGACACAAGGGACACAGGGGACACAAGGGACACAGGGGACACAAGAGACACAGGGGACACAAGGGGGAACAGGGGACACAAGGGACCUCCGGGGACACAAGGGAAACAAGGGACACAAGGGAACACAGGGGACACAAGGGGACACAAGGGACACAAGGGGACAGAGGGGACACAAGGGACACUGGGGACACAGGGGACAAAGGGGACACAGGGGAAACAGGGGACACAGGGGACACAGGGGACACAGGGGACACAAGGGACACAGGGGACACAGGGGACACAAGAGACACAGGGGACACAAGGGGGAACAGGGAACAUAAGGGACUCAAAGGGACACAAGGGGACAUAAGGGGACAUAAUUAAGGAGUUUAUAAUUUUGUCGCGCAAGAGGAUUGCAAGCGGAGAGUGAUUUCACUAACUCACUAGUUGCAGUAUAUCAAGGACGAGGAAACCUGUCUUUCUGUCUGUAAAACGCCUAAAGGGCUAAUGCGGGGAAUUAUGGCUCCGAAAAAGGUGAAAAAAUUUCCUGUUUUUGUGAUUUGUUUAAAUUUUAAAGAUAGAGCAUUUACAACAGUUAAAAGGCAUGCAACGCCGGGUAAACUAGGUGUGUGAAAAGGGUACCAUUUAGAGAGUAUAAAAGGCAGAAAAGGGUCAGUGGUUGGAUCUCUGGGCGGAGCCUCCCCGUAUAGAGGUUUCUUAAGUAACCCCUGGGGAUAAUACCCCCAGUAAAACGUGAGAUCACAUCGAUAACAGUUUAACUAUAGUUUUCUUGUACUUGUGCAUAGCCUGCGAAAACAGACGGUUCUUCUCGCUUUUCGCCGAGUGGGGGAAGGAGCCCGGGGGAGUGGGGGGACGAGCGAGGGGAAGCAUCUAAUCGUUUUUCGAAGAAAAAAUCAUAACUUUGAUUUUCAUAAAAACGAUGUCACAUGACCUCUUAGUGCAAAUGGCCUAUUUCCGGUUGUUACGCCAAGGCUUGGCUACUGAGCUGCUUGCUUUCGUACAAUGGUUAUGCACCUCGAUCCAAUGAUCUUUUGUAGCCCAGAUGUUAUGUUUGUAGCCAAAAACGAGUUGAUGAUACGAUGAAGAUAAAAAAGGUAUUGAUCCCUGCCACAGAACAAGUUGAAUCACACACGGUAAGUUUAAACACUUAUUAUUCACGAUUUUUGACAUGACGCACGAUCUUGUUUAGUGCAAGGUAAGCAUAACUAUAAUUCUAGAUAUCAGUUCCCUUUGCCAGAAGGCUUUUUAUGUCCUGUUUAAAUAUAUGUCCCAAGGCUAGUGCAGGAAGACCUUGCAUUUCUCCAAAAUCGUGGAGAAAUUUUCAAGAAUAAUAUCGAGUAAAAGCUUACGUCGCGUAAAAGCUUUCAUUCCAUUCGUGGCAGAUUAGGUAUUUGCAAGAUGACGUCAUUUUACUACAACUACCAGAAUCCUUGAGUUUGUUGUUUUCUUGUGCAAAUUAAUGCUAUUGUUCUUCAAUCCUCAGCAGGAUUGACAAAUUUAAAUAACAAAGCAAAACCGAAAUGAAUUCUGGUAGUUGUAGUCAAAUAUCGUCGUCAUGCAAUUGUCCUGUUGUGUGCAAGAUCACACAUAAAAAUUAACAUCUAUUUUUUUCAACGUAUACUGUAAAAAAUGUAACAGUCAGUUCUAAGCGUGGCUAUUUUGUCCCCUCUUUCAUCUCCGCAUACACUACUUACGUUCCUGUGUUUAUGCGAGGUGACACCCACUAGGUUCUGGGAAGGGGGUCCUAAUUCCGCAUUCCUGUUCUUCUUCCAUGAGAAUCCUGCAUCCCAAACUUCUGUCGUUGAUAUGCAGAAUAUUGUUUUCCUUCCCAAUCCCGCAUCCAAACCAAAUUUUGGUGAAUCCUGCUUCCCCGUCAGCAGUCCAUUAACAUUUUCCAAACCCCGCACUGAUUUUGGUCAAAUCCUAGAUCCUGGGAAUAGUUCACUGUUCACAUCCUGACCUACUUUUUAGUGUCAACAUAUUCUACACCAUUGAGAACAAAAUUUUUACAUUUUUACUGGAGAUGGGACUGCCAUUUACAUGUGGUCAAUGAAGCCCUGCAAUGGUCCAGCCAUUUGCAAAAUGCAACCUGCAUGGUUCAGAUUUUUUUAAGACCUUGAAUGUUGGUCUUACCCUUGGCUUCAAACUUGUGAUCUUUUGCCCUGCAAGCCAGCACUCUUCCAUUCUGCCAUAGCUUGGCAGUAACUGGCUUGUAGCAUAAUUGUGAUACCUUCAGUUCUGAUGAUGCCACAGAUUGGGGUAAGUUCGAAUAUAACAAAAUGCAAUAGCUUAAAGACGGUUAAUUACAACACAUCCGUAGUGAUACUACUUGGUUUUUAACUAAGGGUAAAUUAAACCUCUUUUCAGGUUUAUUAUCUUGAAGUCUAUACAAGGGAGUACUCUUGGGUUGUUGAUAGACGCUACAGAGAGUUCUAUGAAUUGCAUGAAAAGGUUAGUACCUUCAGGUUAUACCUGUACGUGUGAUACCUGAGCAAGCAGUUAUUCAGUCAUAUACAAACAGUCUAUGCUAUAGAACAUCUCCAAUGUAAGGCUGACUGUUUAAAGCACUGUCACCACACUAUCACUGAGACAGUUCCCUUGGUUCCAAAGAUGCCAAUCUAAUUCCCUAUAGUGUACUGUAUUACAAAACAGACAACUCUCCAUUACAGAAAGUACUUUGCUUCCAAAGAUGCCCAACUUCAUGCAAAAGCCUUCAUAAUAUUACCACCUAUUUAAUUCAGACACUUGGAUCUGUCCAAGAGAGGUUUGACUGUUUUUUAAUCUGUCCAUAGUGGACACCUCUCCCUUAAUACAUGACGCCUGCAUCACAGAUGUAAUCUGCCCCUGGUUACGCAAUGUCUUUGAAGCAGUGUGGAUGUAAUAAUAUUGGCUGCACAUGAAUUCAUACCAGCAAUACUUUUUUUGUAUUACUGUCUCAUUCUCCAGGCCGGGUAAAUAAAGCUUUUCCUUUACUUUACUUUACCUUAUCCUUGUUCCCGUCCCCCAAUGGUCUCAACAAAAUUCUUGUACCAGAAAUGUGUUCUGAUUUUUCCUUCAACCUUCAACAAUGGGAUAUUUAACAGGCCAGGAUCAUUGUGGGUACUCAAAGCCCAGUACACGGAUGUGGGCCAGAUGGGGACAAGGAGUUUUGCACUGUUUCAUCAAGCAAACUUAACCAGAAGUUAAGUCUCGUUUGUGGUUCAGGCUAACCUCUCCUAACCAGACAGUUUUUUCCCCCAUGAGUAUGAAUUGGCUAGAUAUCAACCUUGCCCAUUAAAGUUUAAAAUUACAAUUACAGCUGGUAGUAGCCACAUCUAAUAUUUUUGGAGAGUAAUUUAAUGAGUUUGGGUGAAAAGAAAUUAAGGCCCCAAAUGAAAAAGUAACACUUCAAGUCAUUCACCUUAAUCACACAGCUGGUCAAAAAUCAUGGUGUGGAUCGCUCUCUGCUACCUCCAAAGAAAUAUUUUGGAUUUCUGCAGCCAGAGUAUGUGGAAAAGAGAAGGCAAGCUUUGGAGGCCUAUUUUGAAAUGCUUUUGGCCAAAUUUGAAGACAAGCUGCCCCAGGAGGUUCUGACAUUUCUUGACAUUAAUAAAUUUGUGAGUACUUCUUAAUUUUUCAACCGCAGAGGAUAUAAAUAAAAGAUAUUAAUAUUUAUUCAUCAUUAAGUCGAUGUUUUGGGGUUAAAGUGGUAGUUUAUUAAUCAGAGCUCAACUAAUGCUUGUGAAUGCAUGAUCUCUUCAAGUACAUAGUACUGCUUUCUCUGUCAAUGGCUUUAAAGUUUCGUUAAUGUUGUUUUUUUUGCAUGAUCAACAUUACAGGAUGUCUGUGGAGUGACACAUUCUUUGGCAAAGGAGUUGUUUACCACUGGUAAAAAGUCUGUACACUGACAGUUAUAAAGGUGGCACAAUUGUUUUUCUCAUGGCCGAUAUUUUCCUGUUAACAAAGAUAAGGAAAAACUAUUACCUCAGCUUUAUCGGACAAAAUACCGUAAAAUUUCGAAAAUAUGCCCCAAUGCUUAUAUUUGUCAAAGGCCCUUUUUGAGGGGCUUAUUUUUGGAGGGGCUUAUGUACGGAAGGAAAUUUGCCUUUCAAAAUCGAUUGCAAUAGCUUACCGUUGGAAGGAAAUUUACCAUUUUUGCUUUGUUUUAUUUUGUAUUUGAGGGCAAAUUCCACGUACAAGCCUCCGGGGACAUAUUCGGAGGGGCGAUUUAAUGGAGGGUUUUUUGCAUUACGAGUCUGGGGGGCUUAUAUUUGGAGAGGCUAAUACAUGGUGGGGCUUAUUUGCAGAAUUUUACUGUAUUCAAAUUGGUUAUGAGUAGUGUUAUGUUGACAACAAAGUCAUCAUAGCAUGGAUGGUAUUGGCCUUCGAAAAAUCCAGUUGAGCCACCUUAAAAGUUAGAUUAUAUUUACAUGUAACAGUGGCAAAUCCAGAAGAAGGGUCUGGGGGGCUGUAUCCCCUUCCCCUCCUUCCUACCAAUAUGCACUUAUCAAGGGCAGAUCCAGAAAAUUCAGAAAGGGGUUGCUGGGACACUUGCCAGCUCCAUUCUAGAUACUUUUUAUUUUUUUGAGACAAAAUUCUACAAAAAUAAGGCAAAGUUUCAAAGGAAAAGGGGUGGCCGUGGCCCCCCUGGCCCACCCCUAAAUCCACCAAUGCUUAUGAGACCAGAAAUGUUUAUAAUGUACUGACUGAUUGCCUUCAAGACUGAAAUAAUAUUACUAACCCUGUAAGAGUGAGGGGUAGCACAUUCACAAAGAAGAUAACAUUUAGAGAAAUGAAAUGCCAAUAUUAAUCAGGCUGUGGAACAGUUUCAAGGAUGAGCAAAAAUUCCAAAUAUUCAAUUCCUGGAUUGACCACUGCAUUAUUAAAAUUAUACAUGCCAUGUGAGUCGGCGAGUGAGAACAGGCACCUGUUCAUUUUGGUAGCCUUUUAGAUUUGAUUUACCUUGGUACUUCAAAGUUAUUCCAAGAAUCUGCUGGACUGGCAUAAUAAAUUAGACAAUCUAGAUAAUAGUACAAAUAAUCACACAUGAGAGUGAAUAAAUUAGGAAAAGUGUGCAUGCCUUCUCUUUUAACAUUAACAUUCAAGCCAAUCACAAUUUAGCUAAAGCUCUUCAAUACUGAAUGCUUUCAAUGCAUUAUUGCAAACAAAAACCAGAUUUUUUAAACCCGCUUUUUAACUCUUUGAUAGAAGAAGAAAAGUUAUACCCUCAGGUAUGCAUGAUAACUUACUGACAUGUGAAAAAGACCACAGAAAAUGCCUGGGUACUGUAGCAAGAAGAUUAGUUGGUCAAGGUCAGAAUUAUUGAGGUUUAACUGCAUCAUAGUUGAAAGGUCACUGACUGAACUUUUUAUGAUAAUUUUCCUAAGGUGAUGAGAUUCUAACCAAAGAGCAGCAAUUUACUCUGACACCCCUUCAGCUUCACUGUAUCACAAGCAGGCUAGGAAUGGCUGCACCUACAUGCGGUAUGUACCUAGACAUUUUAAAGACAAUAUUGUUGUUGCAUGUACAGUGAAAUUUUUAAUCAUUUAGUGUGAAUGAGACACAUCCAAAGUGACACGUUCAAUUUUAAAAAUCCUUUGUUUAUAGAACUUUAUCUGAGUCAAGCUAUGGGUGGAUUCACCUGCAACACAUGGGUAUAGCUGUCACGUUUUCCUUUAAGCUAAAAACAAAUCCCUAAAAAAUUCCUAUGGGCAAAUGCAAUGACUACAAUUUACAGUAUAUAAUGCAUAUGUUGCAAUAAAUUCACUCUUAGAAUAUAAAAGCAUUGUCAUCUAAAAAUUGGCCUCAUUCAUACAAAGGGACUACUGUAGAUCUAUGGCAAUUUAUUUUGUACCUCUUGGAAUUUCUUUUGCAGAUUCCCACAUUCCUCAUGGAGAAAUAGGAAAUUUGUAUGAUUUUUUGUAUCAACUGAAGCACUUAAAGGUAAUUGAACUACUUAGGUGCAGUUUGACUUAGUAGUAUAUUUUUCUACAUAAAUUUUCUAUAUAAGCUAGCUUCUAAUAAAUAGUAGUAUUUUUAUAUUCAUUAACUGUCUAAUUCAACCUCUGGGUUGCAAUGUGAUUAUCAAUAAAUGAUCCCUCUGUCAGUCAAUCCGUCUGUCUGUCCAUCUGUCCAUCUGUCCAUAUGUCCAUUUGUCUGUCCAUCCAUCCAUUCAUUUACAUCCAUUUACAUCCAUUUACGCUCUGGGAUCUAGUAUCAAGGGGUCGUACGUGCAGGGGUCUUACCCCUUAGGUUUUACCUCAAGGAGUCUUAUUUCGAGGGGUGCUAUAGCAAGGGGUUUUUUGUUCGGGGAUGUCACAUUAAGGGGUCUUACAGAGAGGUGUCUUACAUCCAGUGGACUUACAUUCAGGGGUCUUACAGCCAGGGAUCUUACGUUCAGGGGUCUUUCAUUCACUUACCUCUGUCCCCAGGGGAGUUGUUGUGGAAGGUUUUGACUGUAACAAGCUUUUCUACCUGUAGAGAAUUGAUUUAAUUUUCAGGUGAGAUUGUUUAAGCUGAAUCUGUACAAAACAGUGCGUACUUUACCUAUCUGUAGUAUUUAUGUCCUGAUUUCUCUGUUGUUCAUUUGUAGUUUUUUUUGUGCAUUUAGGUUUGUGGUGGGAAAAAACUGGUAGAACUUAGUGAUAACAUAACUUUGAAGUGCAACAUUGCCAUCUUCAAAUCCUUGACAACACUUGAGGUAAUAACAACUAUACCAGAACAGAAGAAAUGUUAGUAAAUAGUCACAAAUUGUUUUGUUCCAUGAAAAUAUCUCCUUAAUCCCAGUAGUGACCAACAUCAAUUUUCUCCUAACAAUAUCCAUAUGUUGCCAAGAGAAAUGGUUAUGAGAGUUAAUAAAAUGAUCACUAAAGGGAAAAUGCUUUGAUCUGUUAACUCUCUCAACUAUUUCUUUAAGGAAAUGUAUAAAGAUCAGUAUGGAGAAUAUAUAUGCGGAUAUCGGAGCUUAAAGGGUUAAUACUUCCCCCACAGAGGGUCUUUAGCUGCAUAAAUCCCAGGUGGCGGGGUUUAAGGCCCUUAAGUCAUCGCGAUAGAAAGGAGAGGUGUGAUGUCAGGUUACCAUGGUAGCAAAAUUUCUGGAUCACAACAAUCUUUCUUGACAGAGAUGGCCAUUUGUAUUGUUGAACGGUGGAAGAAAAGUAUGGGCCACCGUUUUGUUCCUGAGUUUAAUCGUGCACAGGAAAGUCAUUCAUGUCAUGGAGUUAACUGUCAUCAUUAUUUCGUUGUUUAGAUUGAUAGUUGUGAAGUGGAACCAUUUGAGGGAUUAAGCGUCGUCCAGGCUCAAAUCAGUAAACUAACUGUUCAUCAGUCCGUUCACUUGUUAAAGGUAAAAAUAUAAAAUAAAAUAAAUAAACUACUUAAUUGAAGUGUCAAGUGCUAAUUGACGACACAAUACUUCUCAUACUUAAAGACGAGACCACUAUUUCUUGAUAUGGCGGAGCCACGCAAAGGCAAAGAAAAAGCAGUACAGUCGACUCCCGAUAACUCGAACCCUCGGUAACUCGAACCUCACGCUAACUCGAACCAAAAUCGAUUUCCCCUUUAUUUCCGUCAUACAUUUACUGUAAUUUUACCCGGUAACUCGAACCCUCGAUAACUCGAACUCCCGCUAACUCGAACCAAUUUUUGUUUCCCCUCAGGUCAUUUUCUAUAUAGUUUUACCUUCGAUAACUCGAACCAUGUUUUGAGCCCUUAAAAAGUCGGGAAAAAAGCCGUCUACUGGCGUCCGAAACAUAGAAUUUUGGAUUUCCUAUUGACGUGUUGUAGGAGUAUAGUUUACUAAAGGGGCUGAUUUGAUGGUCAAAGGCUAACGUGAAGCAGCUUUUCUUCUCAAAACAGUAAAACGCAUGCUCUAUUUAGGCAUAGUUAACUUUGAUUUAGGCUAUGUUUUGUUACGUUACGUUCUGAUUUAUAAUCUAGAAGUAUCUUUUAAUUUUCACUCAACAUUUCUACAAUUAAAUGUGAUUGAAAUGUCCACUGUGCAGUAAAAACUGCUUUUUACCUUACUCUCGGCUAUUUUCUUCGAGCUCCCGAUAACUCGAACUUUUUUCGAUUUCCUUUGAAGGUUCGAGUUAUCGGGAGUCGACUGUACUUUUCUUUUAAUUAUUUUACGACCCUGAGGAUUGGUCCUGCCCCAGAUAUCAUUAAAGUGUUGACCCUUUGCUCUGCAGACGAGUGUUCACUAUUGUUUUAUACCGUUCGUAGGCUCUUCACUCCGGUGAUCGCCUGUACAACUUUCUGAUAUCACAACAACCUCCCUUGGUCAAAGGGCUCACUCUUUUGCACGCGAAACUUUGUAACACUCGACUAAAUGUACCUUAAUUAUUCUAUAAAAUGGUCUGAAUCUAAAGCCAUUUUCUAAAAAAAACGCGAGAUAUUUCCUUUUCUCUACGACGUUUUAACCGCAGAUACAUGUCGAUCAAUAAGGUAGUUAGUCACAUUUUUACUUGUGUUACGUUUUUAUUCUUAGUUACUCAAAGCUCAUUGCGCACGUAAAAUCCACCUAUAAGAAACUUUCAUGAUCAUCAUCGUCAUUAUCAUCACCAUCAUCAUCGUCGUCGUCGUCGUCGUCGUCAUCAUCAUCAUUGUCGUCGUCGUCGUCGUCGUCGUCGUCAUCGUUGUCGUCGUCGUCGUCGUCGUCGUCGUCGUCAUCAUCAUCGUCGUCGUCGCCGUCGUCGUCGUCGUUUCAUCAUCAUCAUCAUCAUCAUCAUCAUCAUCAUCAUCAUCAUCAUCAUCAUCCAUCACGAUCGUCAUUGUGCCAAUUGAACUACAGCAUUUGAGCUGCUGUUGCUGCACAUCAGAAGCUAACAAUUUGAAUUGAAUAAUUAUGUAUUUUUGUUGACUGUUUCUUUCGUUUUCUCUUAAUUUUAGGACAUUUUAGUUGAUGAUGAGAUUUGGGAGCAGGGAGUUCUGGAAACUGUUGACGUGGAUGGCAAUACUUCGCUCAGCCCGCAGUCCAACUUUCGAGCGUGGACCGCUCUGACUGAAGCCGAUUUCAGCAGAAAUGACCUACCGUACAUUGAUGAAUCAGUGGUAAUUGCUUUUCAAAACAGUGUCCAACUUCGAAAUUUAAGAAAAACAACAACUUUUCAGCCUGUAUGGUACUGAUUGAGAAUAGUACCAUGUGGUAGAUCUACUACAGAGGUUUCAUUUGAAGGAUCGCCCACUUUUCACUCACUGAAUUUGAAAGCUAGAAAUGCAUUGAUUACAGUUCCUACUGACAGCUGACAGAUAUAGUUUUAAGAGAAAAAUAGACAAACACAACGAUGUAUUUCCAACAAUGAGAACAUCACUAAAAUCUUCGUGCUUUGUUAUGAAGUAGUUUUAAAACGAAAUGGUUGUUUUUUACCAUGAACAAUAAAAAGAACUGAAUCUUGAAAUCGUUGGCCACACAGUAAUCAGUUUAAUCCCGUGAAAUUCUCUUCGCAGAGAGUUCUUUUGUUUUAUAGUCUAGCUGUAUAAAUUCCGUAAGUUAGAAAAUAUUGUUUUACAAGUUUUUGAUGUAGUGUUUCUUUUUCCAAGACUUUGCUGCCGGAAGUAGUCAGCUUAAAUCUCAGUUACAACAGCAUCGAAUGCAUUGAGCAUCUUCAGGUGGGUGAAGUGAAAAUGAUGCUUGGUUUCGAGAGCAGAGACCUUGAACAUCAGGUUUUCGUGGGGAAACCAUGAACUAUAGUUUGCGGUCACUAUUGCAGGAUGGAAAGAAAGUCAAUUGAACAGCUUGCCAUUUGGACAAGUUGUAGACUUAUUAGCUAUACCAGCGCAAGAGUCAUUUUAACGAGCCCGAAACUGAAAAAAUGCUUGAUGAGAAGGAUUGACUAUAGUUCUUGGGUAAUUUUAAUUCCCCCAAACCUUCUCCUGCCUGUUGGGCAAGUUUAGAACAGAAUUCACUAGCCCAAUAGCAAUGUCGACUAGCUAUCGGAAACGACUUUCGGCAGGUUUCCAGGGUUAAUUUUAGCGUGGCGCUCGUACAGUUGUCGUUUCGUACCGACAUGUUGUUUUUCAUCAAGUCUAAUUCCUUUGAUUAUUUCAUCGCAUAAGAAACAUGAAUUCAUUUAUUCGAGUGAAAAAAACCUUUCUAUGGCUCACUGCAGGCGAAUAUGGAAACCUAUUGCUCCUAGUUUAAACGUGAAACUGUAUCGUUAUAAUGGCAAAAAACCGCCGUAAAUCGCUAACCGUUUACAAUAGGAACCUUAAGAUCCGAGGACAGCGACGGCGUGAAAACGUCGCUUAAAAAGUGAAUUGGCCUUUUUGCAAUCUUCAUCGCGACUGUUCUAAGUUACUUACUUUGCCAAAUGUAGGCGAAUUCUCCUGAAGCUGAAUUCUAACGAACCAAGUUCCAAGUUCAGAAACAGGAUGGAAAUUUCGUCGUCGCUUGUUCACCCUCAUAUAAAACGUGAAACGAGGCAUUUUCACGUGGUAGUCGUGCAGUGACGGCAAAGAAAUGUACAAAAAAAGCGUGAUGCACGUGCAAAGUUAUUGUUUUGCUAAUUAGACCUAUUGCUUUGUUUUGACGUUCCCGACGCCGUCACCGUUGCCGUCGUUGGAUCUUAACGCACCUAGUAACGUUCUAUAUAAGUGGUAUUCUCAUUAACUGUAUUUUUGAUAUUUUUUACUUUUGUAUUAAAGGCUUUGUCGAAUCUGGUGGAGCUGGAUUUAUCUCACAACAAAAUAGCAAUUCUUGGAAGCAACUUGAACACAAAGCUGGGAAAUAUUAAGAAACUUAAUCUAGCAGGGAAUGAGCUUGAUAGCGUGCAAGGUACGAAGUUCUAAUUGAGCCUAUGUUCACACUUCGUGGCUGUCAUUUUGCCCGUGUACGGCACAAGCUGGGCAAUAAUGUGGACACAAUCUUUUUCAAGUGCUCAAGCCAGAAUUUGGGAAUAAUCCAGAGAAUAGUCUGGGUGCCCGAGUACGAGGUCGAGACCUUUUACUCAGGGCACUAAAGGCUUCACCGGGUCCCUGUUGAACGCGUUUUCUAUUUGUUCCAAGGCAAUCCACUGCGUGCACUCUCUUCCAGCUCUCACGUAUAAAAAUGGCAUCUGAAAGAGUGCAAUGGAGCAAUUGUGUACACUGUUGUAUAAUGACUGGGUACCAAGUGAACACAACACUAUUUUGGAACGAGCAAGUGUGAACAUGUCCUCUCUGAAUAUUGAGUGUUUUUCAGUAUGUGGACUGUGAUUGAAGCGGCCAUACACCUUAUUGAAAUGGUGGCAAUAUUAUUUUCAUAUUUGUCUUAAUUAACCCUCUUUGCCUCGAUUGCGUCUGUAGAAUUCUAAGUAACUGCGAAACGAGGUAUUGAGGGCCAAAUACCAUGAACACAAAACUAAGUGAAUUUGUCAACGUUUUUUAUUUUGGGGUAAGGUGAACCUACCCCUUUCCCCCCUCCCCGCUCCCCCCUGUUCACGCUGCGUUAAAGAGUGGCACAUGAACCUAUCCGAUAUGUGACGAUCGAUCCACUUUCAAGAUUGGUUUGGCGCAGCCUCGCUGCAUUACAGAUACUGCGACAAAGUCACCGUUCUCUUGUGUGUACGGAAGCCCUGACUCUUCGAUAUUUUUUUCGUGCCCUCGCAAGGCUAUACGUUUUAGUGUAAACUGUAUAAUAUAGUGUAUCAGUGGUUGUUCACAGCGACAUAACCUAACGACCUGAGAUCUGUUGCUCGCUUGCAGGACUUGACAAGUUGUAUUCCCUAACUACUUUGAACCUCCGAGAGAAUAACUUCACAGAUAUAGGCUCUGUACUGACUUUGGGAGAGCUACCAUGUCUAGAAUACAUUGACUUCAGGGAUAAUGCGGUCACUAAGGAACCAAUGUACCGUAUUCGAGUCUUUACGGCCUUUGAUGAGCGGGCUGAACAGGUAAAGAUUUUUGGCGUGGAAUUAUCUCAUUUUAAGAAAAUAGUAAAAGAUUAAAUUAAUUAAUAAGUAUGAAUGAUGAUCUGAAAUCUUUUCCAUCUUAGACUUCACGCCAUGUUUUACUUCACUUGAUGUUGACCACUAUUAGCCCGUAGUUCGAGGAGGCCUUAUCUCUCAUAAAUGAAUCAGUGUUGUCAUUCCAUUUGUGCUAUUGUCUGUCAAUUAAACCAAUCAUAUCCUUAUUCAUGUAGUGUCACGACUUAUUUCAGGUUGAACUUGAUGGAAAUCGUCCAACAAGCAGAGAGAUGAACAGGAUUCGUGAACUUCUCCAAGAGGAGCAAAAUUUUGAAAUCAUCAAUUACCCAACACCUCCUCAGUAUUCAGUGCCGAAAAAAGGUCAUAAAAAGGUAAGAAAUAUAGAAGUUAUUUAGCGCGGUUUUCAUUUCAUGGUCCGGCCAGUCUCUUAAAAUGUGUUCAGGCGAUUGAGAUAUCAUAUGCAAACACCUUUGAGGCCAUGUAUGAUGCCACUCCUCACCCCACCCCUCCCCGGGAGAAGACUUGCCUGGGGCAUGUAGAUAACAACUCCUUAAAACAAAGGAAUUACUCUGUAUCUAGAAGUUUUACCCCACUUUUGUGCGACCUCUGUCAGGUAGCACUCUGUUGAGGCGGCCACACAUGAAAAUUACCGUGUUCUCUCCACACUUAAAGUAAAAAUCACACUUUAAACUUCAUAGUAUUGAUGAAUUCUUGCCAACAGAUUAAAGGAUAGUUUUAAAAAAUUAUCAGAAACAUGUGGUUUUUAAGGGGCCUCUUUGAGGAUUUUAUCGGAUUCUGGUCUAGUUCAAUGUUUCCUUAUUUCAAUGUCUUAUUUAGGGGAAAAGUGUAGACCGAGUUAUAAGCCUAACUGAUGCAACGGACUUUCAGUCGAGCUCCUCCGUAACAGGUACGAUCCUGUUUUUUUUUUGUUUUUUUUGUUUUUUGUGAAAAGCACGUCAUACAUUUUUUGUAUCUGUGCAUGUAUUUGUCGCAUGCCCUACAGUUGUGAGACUUGUUUUGAGCUUCACGUUAUGUUGCAGAUUCCACGAACUCGUUUGUGGAUGACACAGAUCAAGAGUUUCGUUCCAAAGUGGAAAAAAUUCGCCAGAUCGGAGGUGAUUCUUGGUUGAAGAUAUUUGACGAAAUGCAAGGAGAAGCGGAAAUGACUCAGGUUUGUGUUGAGGCCGGCCAGCUUAUCAAAACGGACACGUGGAGCUAGAAAGACAGAAAAAAACGUUUGCAAGCCGUCUUCUGUUUUACGUCUUCCACCCGCCGUUUUGCCCACCAAUGUUGACAGUCAACGUUAAUCUAAUCAAAGAGCAGAGAUUUGUCACAAAUUUCAGCGUAUCCUUAUCCCGGAAUACUAUCAAGCAAACGCAACCUAGCUUUGGUCUACCGACUAACAACAGUCUUCAUGGGGUUAACUGUUAGCGUUCAAACAGCGAAACGUUUGUGACAUAAGGCGAAAAAAUGUUAACCGUAGAAAUAUUUCUCGUAUAGCCAUAGUUAGUUAUUCUGAAGAUGACAUGUUUGUUUUUCUUUUAGGGUAACAAAUCUCUAGAAGUAUCUUUUUCAGCCCAGAAAAGUUCUAAAGAGACCAUAUUGAGAUCUCUUAAAUGCGUUUUACAAGAACAGAUUUGUUUAACGUAUACGACAAAGCUCAACUGGUUAGUCUGUUUUGUUUCCCCUUUAGGUUGGAGGAAGUGACCAAGUGCACAGUGGGAGUGAAAAAAGUCCAUCGGAGCUCCUAAGCUAUCCGCAGCCUUCCAAAGUUGACACGAUCAGUGGAGGCAGUGCCAGUCCUCCCAGUCAAACAGAAGAGCAAGUAAGUAUAUUUGCUUUGUUUGCUGAGUCUGAACAUAUAUUUCUAAAAGACAGAGUUAAAGGAGCUACCCGCAGCGAGUCACCCUUUGUGGAUUUUAAUGUCACCCUCCUUAAGCCGAGCAAACGUUUUGUUUCAUAUAACCCUUUUGUUCGCCUAGCCUGCGUAGCAAGCGUUUCCAAUCGAGUUAUUGCGGGAAAGUUGGAGCGGGAGCAAACAAAAAAAAAAGUGGAAGGGGGAAGGGGAAGGGGAGGGGAGAAGGCAAGCGUUACCUUCUCUCCCUUCCCCCUCCCCCGUCAUUCCUCUUUUUUGCUCUCGUUCCAACUUUCUCGACGAACUCGCGCGGAAACGCUUGCUACGCAAGCUAUCGUUCGCCCAGCCUAUCAACUCGGUCAAAGCGAGACAAUCAAAACAAGUUGGCUGGGGCAAAGGAAUCAACUAGUUCCUCAAAUAAACGCUCACUAAAUUUGACUCCGUUUGGAGGGUGACCCGCUUUUUUGAUAACUUUUCUCCCGCUUAUAAACAUUUUUCCCUCCAAAGGAAACCUCUGACGAACCAGUAGAUGAUGAUCAUCCUCGUAGGCUGCAGUUUGGUUUUGCACCCGAACUGGAAAAACUUAUUCACGAAAAAGUGGAAUCAAGUGCUGAUUUGUACGUAUAACUCUCUAGAAAUUGUUCAGUGAAUUUAUGUUUUAUCCUGUUUAUAAAAGGCACGGCACAGAUUUUAUGUUUAGGUUGAAUUUUUUUUGAUUGAGAUUAUUUGAUUUUGCUCCAAUGGAGAGUUUCCUCGAACUUUUGUCGUUGAGUUAAAUUUUCCUUAAAUUCUAGGACCUCAGGCACAUAUAUGGUAGAGGUGGAGGGGGAGGAGCGUAAUAAAGGAGGUACAGAGGAGAGAAUGGUUGGAGUGGACCUUGACAAAGGGAUCAUUCUUGAGAUUAAAAUAUCUACUGGUGAGACCUUUGCCAGACAUCGUUUGGGUAAGCGAGGCCGUUAGGAACACAUGUUUUCGUGUUAGUCUAGUUUGAAAUCCGCACUGUAAAUUACUUACCGAGUUUUCCCCUCGCGAUGUUUGGCCUAAGGAAGAACCGUGUGGGCCUUAGAUCGAGAGGGAAACGAAUAUCCUAUCGUCCCCAAUCAAAGAUGUGAACGUUUUAAGCUUCAUGCAAACGGACGCAACAUUGUUAGCCAACAACUCCCAACAUUAUUGGCUGUUACAUGUUGCGUCCGUUUGCACACCCUGUUGCAUGUUGUUGCAUGUUGUAGCACAAAGUUUGAAACCGAUCAAACUUUUAGCUACGUUUAAACAGACGCGACGAGUUGUUGCGUCCCUUUGUACGUUUCUUUUUUAGUAUUGCGUCAUUUUGAUCCUAUGCUAGCCUGCGAAAACAUCCUUUUUUCCUCGCUCUUCGCCGCUGGGGACGUUUCGCGCGGAGGAACGUCUGCGACUCAGCGACAGAAAUUCCAUACUGAUGACGCAAAUUAAUGUUUACAUAAUAAAUCCGGUAGUCAUGGGGUUCCAAAUAUAAAUUUGUCUAAUUUUGCGUGUCUUCUGGUCGAUUUUGGUGAAGUGUUGUGUUGAUCUGCCCACGAACUCCAGCAAAAUUCAAAUGCUUCUUCAACAGAAGUCUAUAUUCCACAAAAAUUGACUGUUUUGUUAGAGAUUCUUUCCGUUUACAUUUGACCUUUGUGGCCUUUUGUUUUUUGUCUGUCAUUCAUAAACAAUAGCUAAAAUAAUGAAACUGCUGCGUCGACCAAUCAGCGCUUCUGACCGGAUUCCGGACAGAUUUUACGUCAUCAGUAUGGAAUUUCUGUCGUUGAGUCGCAGACGUUCCUCCGCACGAAACGUCCCCAGCGACGAAGAGCGAGGAGAAACGGAUGUUUUCGCAGGCUAAUCCUAUGCUUACUAGUAUUUUUUAAAUCAUAAAUUCCGUACGAAAAGAAAGGAGUUUUGCAUUAGAACAAGGUCAACCUUAGCCUCACGUUCUAUCAGAAGCUAGGACGAAGCCAGGCUCACAACAAGUGCACGUAAUCUCGAAAUCAUAGUGGCAAAGCGAAACACAAGUGCACUUGUCAAAUUGAUAACCGGAAUAUUUUGAGUGGAUCAGAUUGGUCCACUGGUCUCUUUUAUUAGUUAUUUUUAUCGUGUCUUUCAUUUCUCAGAGGAUAUCAGUAGUGUUGACAUCCUACAACUCCAUGGCGUUUUCUGCGUCGACAUCCGGGACAUCUUUUCCAAGGAAUGGCGACGUCACAGGGAUAGUCUGACUUCCGGACAGAACAGGGAUUAUCGACAGGUGGCUCAGUACCGCAUGCGUUCUGUGGACGAUGCCGCUGAGCUGUUUGCACUGCUGUACAAGUUUAUCACAGAAAGGUGACGAUUUUAGUAGAAAUAAAAUAACAUACUGAGAUAAGACUAAACAAAUCUUGAAUAUCAAUGUUGAGGUGCUUUUGCCUGACUCCCAUUCCAGGUCGUCAAAGGAGUCAAUUCCAAGCAUCUCAGUGCAAGAGCCACUUGAUGACGUGUUCUCUGGGAAUGUUGUGGAAUGGCCCAAUCCCCUUGGAGUUCAAGAUAAGCUCCUGCACAGGUCUGUGGAUUUUGCUUUGAAUACUGAUCAUUCCCUUGUAAUUGCCAAGAAUAAGCUGAAAAGUUAAAGCGUUUAUGAUUGGUGCGCUGGACGUUUGAAUUGAAGACUACUGAUUCACGGCUUAGUCCUGGUUUUCCUAGAUACUUAACUUCGCCGUUUUCAUUUCUCUAUGGCUGGUUUUCCUAGAUGAUGUCGAUAUGGACUUUUCUAAUAUGAAGGAACAACAAUUAUUUACCUGUUUGAACGAGUUAGAAGGGUGCUUGGCCUUAGUUUUCGUUUUAAUGGCGGAAGCAACAAAAGUAACUGCCCGCCUUUCGGUCACAUGACCUGUACCCAGGUUCCCAGUUGUGUGUGAGAAAAACAUUGUCCGCUUAUUUCGUUAUCCUAAGGGACGGACCAUUAGAAAAGUUAUGGGAAGAAGGGGGGCGGGGGAGGGCGGGCGAAGUACAAAAAAAUUAUUUGCGCAAGGGAAAAUUAAAUGAAAAAAAAUUAUGCACGUCAAUUAAUCCUAAAAAAUAUUCAUGCUUUGGCCUAAAAGAAAUUCGUACGAGGAAUUUGAUAACGAAAAAAAAUUCUUGCGGCUCGAAAAUUCCCCCCCCCCCCCCAAUAACUUAUCUAAUGGUCCGUCCCUAAGCCAGUGGAAAAUUACCCUUGGUAAGGAAGAAAUUUACCGCGGGGGGAUGGAAAUCGUCUAAGCGCAGCCUUGCCUUGGAGAGAAAAAAACAAUCCUCCUUCUCAUUAACCAGACUCUUUUUUCGUCAGGUUUUUCGACAAAUUUCUUCACAAACGCGAUUUGAGAGCAGAUGUUGACAAACAAGCAAGGCAAGUGACCAAAGGCCUUAUCCUGGAAGGACGCUCCACUAAAAGGACCCAAACAAUUUACCAGGCCCUUCAUGCUGAGUUCAUAGAUGUAGGGUGCUUAAGACACGAUCGCUCAGGGACCUCUCCAGAGAGGGUCCGUUUGAUUUUAUGGUCCGGGUGUCUCCCGUAUGUGUGCCCCGAGCGAGAGCUUCCCAUCUGCUUGCUGAUGACAAACGUCAAUAUUUAUUUGUUCCACUCGUCGCAUCUUGAUUGUCCCGAGCGUGUCCGAGCGGUGACCAAGGCGAGUGAUUUGCGACAGAUCCUACAGUGCUUUUACAGUUUCCCCGUUCGUGAAUUAAACGAGGUAAGUUAUCGAUUUUUGUUAAUGGGUUAGUCAUGUAUACGACCUGUCAAAUAGUCAUUCAUAAUUUAGAUAGCCAGUCAGUCAUGCAGGGAGGUGGUCGUUCCGUUCCGUUCGUCAGCCCAUCAGUCAGCCUGGCAGUUAGUCAGUCAGUCAGUCAGUCAGUCAGUCAGACAAUCAGUUAGUCCGUCGAUUAGACAGUCUGCCAGUCAGUCCGUCAGACAAACAAUCAGGCAGUCAGGCAGUCAGGCAGUCAGUCAGUCAGCCAGUCAAUCAGUCAGUCAGUCAGUCAGUCAGUCAGGCAGUCAUUUCGUCAGAAAGCCAGUCAGUCAGUCAGCCAGAGACAUCAAGACAGUCAAUUAACUAAUUGAAUAAUUAAUCAAUCAUCAUCAAUCAGUCAGUCAGUCAGUCAGUCAAUUCUUCUUCUUCUUCUUUUUGAAUUGCUCAAAAGUCAAAUUUCCUAAGGCUACUUUCUUUUCUUCUGAAAUGUUCCCUGGUUUCUCUGAAGAACACCAAAAAGACUUCUACACUUAAGGAGCUUCCUUUUGUCUUCGGGAAUCAAGUGUAUUCUUUGUGCGUCUUUUUUUAGGUGGUGUUUGGUUUAUACGAUCAAGGCUUUAGAAUGGAAGUCAAGCUGCAUGGCCCUCGAGGAACCUUCACCGUCCUCACUCGUGAUGCGGAAAAAACGGACAAAUUUUUAGUAACCUUGAGCGACGUCCUUGGAGAGCCCCUGGACAAGGAGCAGUCUCAGGUACCACGAAUCAGAAGACAGUUUUCGUCCGGGAGUCUUCCCAGGCUGAGCUUUCCCGAUGAAGAGAAAAUCAACAAAUUAAAAUCCGAACUGGCGAAGUCCGGUACAGACACACCAGCGGACGACCAGAAUUUGCUGAUGUACUCCAUCGUCCGAGAGAUCCCCGAGUGCGCCUUGUUUAACGUCCAGGAAAACGGAGAUCUCACGAAGAUGCUCCGAAGUUUGAUCGUGACAAACUCGGAGGUUUUUCUUUGCGACGAAGAUCACGUUCAUUGGCCUUUGCCUUCGUUUGUUCGGGCUCCACCGUCCACACCUCAGUGGGUGGUUACCAAGUCACAGCGGAUCAAUAAAAUAAUUGGUCUUGAUGUCUUUGAACUUGGGAGCAAUGCCAGUGAAAUGCUCGGUGUAUACGGCCUGUCUUUAAUUUUCGAGCAUGAAGAAGUUGAGGCGACGGCCGCUGGCGAGCAAAAUUGCUGGCACUUAGUUUUCAAAGCCUGCGAUGAGCGCACGCAACUUCAGCGUUCUCUCUCCCAAGUUUGGAAAGGGGAUUUCCAAGCAGAUCUUAAAAUCACUUAUUCCAAACCAAAGUUGUUCCCUGACAUUCAGGGAGGGAAGGAUCCAAACGGCUUUCUCUCGUCGAUGUCUUCAAUAAACGGGCAACACACCCCCGUGGGUACCCCUGUGGAACCAAAAAAGACCCAUCGGAGGGUGGGUUCUGAUAAUUUGCCGAUUUUGCAGGCAAAUGUACUGAAUGGCUUGGAGAGCUUAGUAACUUUGGAUAGAAAGUUGCUGGACAAGUUUUUCCGUCAAUGCAUUUCACAAAAAAGCGAGAGUGAAGAAGAAACCCUUUUACACGUGCUAUGGACCGGGUGUACGCCUUUCCUUUUCCCUGCGCAGGAAUUCAAAGUCUGUGUUUUGUUAAGCAACUUGUACGUGUAUAUUUUAGCGGAGAAAAAGCACAAGGACUUGAUUAAUAAGAAAAAGGAGGGUAAACUCAGGAAUUGCGAAGGUUUAGAAGACGUUAAGCCUACGAUUUGCUUUAAUUGGAUCCCCAUCAGCAAGUUAAGACAAGUCUGUGUUGGAUUGUUUGAUCAAACAUUGAGACUGGAGACUGAAUUGAAAGAAGACACUUUCACUUUCAUUACCCGUGAUUUUCAUCUCACGAGCACAUUCCUGGAACGCUUAAACGCCAUUUUAUCGUCAAAGCACACCAGCGAUCCUUCACCCCCGAGAGCUGAAACCCUUACCACGAGCAUUUACGACUCUCAGCCGACGUCCGAAGCCGAUCACUGCUCGUUCACGAAGACAGACUACCAUCAUGUUAACAACGGGGUCAAGUUUAUUUACCCAAACGAUGACACUUUGGAGAUCCUCAAAGACGCUAUUUCGGACUUUAGUCGCGCUUCGGUUGACUGCAGCCUUCUGAAAGACGUUGUCAUCCUUGUCUAUCUUUUAGUUUUUCAUGAAACGAAAUCGAACGUCGAAGAACCACGGACGCUCGUGAUCAUGGACAAAUCUCUCUGCCUUUGCAUCGAGGAUCACGUAAAUUAUCCAUUGCCGCUCUUCGCAACCGGGCUUCCAGAGAGCCCGCAAUAUAACGUGCAGGACUUGCGUGACAUCAAGUCGCUGUCACGCGUCGAAUUCAGCGACUUUAACUCGUGCGACUUUAAAAUGGUUUUCUUGCCGACUCAACAUCAAGACGGGGACGCACCUGAGGGAUUUGAUUCCGCAAGUAUGGGCGAUUUAUGCGUUAUUACGCAUGCGUUGGGCUUCGCUGACGGUGAAAUCUGCUGGCGGAUUGUUGCCCAGACGUACGAGGAAAAAGAAAAGGCUUUGAGUCUGAUUUGUAAGCUUUGGGCGGACAUUCACGGCGGAGCGCUGCCUGUUAUGAAAGCUAAGGGAUGA